CAUAAUCGAGACAUCGAUUGCCGAUCGUAGUUGAUAAGGUGACACCGUGUAAAAACAUUUUAGCUUUGAAAUAGUUUUUUAUCGACAGAUACUCACUAAUAUCGAUAAUACAAUACGGUGUACACGUGUACGCAAUACUUAUUUUUUUUUAUUUUAGCUUAUUCAUAACUAAUAAUCGACUAACUUUUUUUUCGUGCGGCAGUUCUUUUUUCUUUUUACCGUCCGCUCUCUGAGCAACCUUGCUCUGAAUAAAGAUAUUUAAGUUGUACUCUUUUAAUAGUUUAGUGGACAUUGUGAUGGCUGGAAAGUGGACCGUGUUUGUUGGUACUUUGAUAGGUAGUGUAAUAAUAGUUUUAUCAGAAAAUGCCGCUACUGAAAUUGCCCUUAGAAGAAGGCAAAUACUUCUACAGAAAGAAUUGGAUAUGAUGCCAGGAAGUGGUAUGGUGCUAAGUGACAGUGAACUGAAGGCAAACGAAAUUAUAAUGAACAUGAAGUUAAAAGAGUUGGACUUUUGUUUUAUGAAUCCACAAUACUUUAAUUUUUCAAAACAUUUUUUCGAUUAUAAUAAUGAGGUUAAUAAAUCUGAAUUGUUCAAAUUGAUACAGAAGAUGCCAAAAGGCGCGAUGUUACACGCACAUGAUACUGGAAUGCUCAACGCUGAUUACGUUCUAAAACUGACAUAUUGGGACAACUUGUACGUUUGUUUUAAUAAUAAUAAUACAAACUUUAAAUUUUCCAAAAAUCAACCGAAUACCCCUUGCGAAACCAAAUGGCAGUUAAUGAAAGAAGCUCGAAACGCUUCCGAAAAUGUUGAAAAAUUCGACAAUGAUUUAAAGAAAAUCUUCACUCUUGUAAUUGAUAAUCCAAAUGAUGUUUAUUCCGAUAUAAAUGCAGUGUGGAGUAAAUUUCAACAAUAUUUUAUAAAUACUGACGGUCUGUUCACUUACAAACCUGUGUGGGAACAAUACUUCUACGAUACGUUAAAAGCCGCGAGACAAGAUAAUAUUAUGUAUAUUGAAAUACGAAGUGUUUUACCCGCACUUUACGAUUUGAAAGGAAAUGUUUUUGACUCAGUAUUCACAGCACAGUCUUAUAAAAAUAUAUUAGAUAAAUUUAUAACCGAUUAUCCAGAUUUCUUUGGUGCUAAAUUGAUUUACGCACCUUUAAGACUGGGUAAUCGAGAAACGAUAAAGGAGCAUCUUAGCAUUGCGAGUGAAAUUAAAGAAAAACUGCCGAAAUUUUUCGCUGGUUUUGAUUUAGUUGGACAAGAAGAUUUGGGAAACCCUUUAAAAGAUUUUCUGCCUGAAUUAAUAGAUGCAUCAGAUGAAAUCAAUUAUUUCUUCCACGCUGGAGAGACUAAUUGGUUCGGUACGAAUUCUGAUGAGAACUUAGCUGAUGCUAUAGUUCUUGGUGCUAAACGUAUUGGUCAUGGUUAUGCUUUAAUAAAGCAUCCAGUGCUAAUGGAAGAAGUUAAAAAGAACAACAUAGCUUUAGAAGUAAACGUAAUAUCUAAUAAAGUUCUCAAACUUAUAGAAGACUCAAGAAACCAUCCUCUAGCUUCAUUUUUAGCUAACGGGUUACCAGUCGUAUUAUCUAGUGAUGAUCCAGGUCUUUGGGACGCUGAACCUUUGUCACAUGAUUUCUACGUCACUUUCGUUGGUGUUGCAAGUAAACAUGCUGAUUUGAGACUUUUAAAGAAGUUAGCUUUGAAUUCAUUAUAUUAUAGCAGUAUUUCAAAUAAAGAUAGAAUUGUACAUGAAUUUAAUAUACGUUGGACUAGGUUUAUAGAUGACAUUGUCAGAGGCAAAUGGUAGAUGGGAAUUUCGAAGUGUGUAUCGAUAAACAGUGAAAUAUAAUCUCGUUUUAAUUUGACUGUAAUCAGUUUAAUUUUGCGAUUAAAAUGCCAAU